AUGGAAGAAAUGAUGUUCAAGUACUUGGGGACCAUAACAUUCGUCUUGACCAGAAAGUUUUUUCAAUUACAUCCAACAAUUCAAAAAGGUUUUGAAAUUAUAGUAAUAAAAUAUGCAUAUACUUACAUUUUUAAAAGAUAUUGGCAUUUACAAUUAAAUAUAAUUAGAAUUACCCAAAAUAUAAAAUCAUGGAUCUUUAUUUGA